AGGAGAAAAUAACCGUCGCUCAUUAGAACCACAGAAAGCGAAACCGAGAACCUCAUCUCUGGAGCCCAUGGUAUCUCCGCACCGAUAUUCAAAGGAAAAUCUUUAACAAGAAUAAGAAUGACAAUUUCUUGAAUAAGAAUGGCAAUUUCCACAGAUUUUAUCGUUAUCCACUGAAUUCAAUUCGAAUGUGAGAGAACCAACGUACAAAGAAGUGUGUGUGAUGAUGGGGUGUGGUGUGAGGAUAAACUGUAGCCGUACAAAGUAAUUACAAAGGUCUAAUAUAUGCAUGAGUUUCUUGUCACAACCGAAAGCGGUUUUUUGGUGGACAUCAAGCAAGGCUUUCUCCACUAACUGCAGCUGACUUUAAAACUUGUGUUAUAGGAAUGUCGUGGACGUUCCACGUGACCUGAAUGACCAAGUCCGAUUCAUUUACUAACUUCGGCAGUAUUUUGAUGAUUAUUUUGAUAUUACCAAUUCAUUUGUCUCACGAUUGAAGGUCAUUAAGGACCGCGACGUCACUCUUAAGAGAGCAUAAAUAUAUUUAUGCAUUCAUGACGUUACUAAAAUUGAGCUUGGGAAACCGGUGACUUUAUAUUUGAUCCACAGUGAGCCCGUAAUAGAAUGAUCAGCGAUGAUUAUUUGGCGCAUGCGUAUUAAACUAUAUUGUGAAUGGAAACAAGAUGGCGAACAUUUUCGUCUUUCUCGUCUUCUCUUUACUCUUCUUUUACAAUAUUACUGCUUCCGAAAACCUACAAAACGACAAAGACCACGAAGUCAACGUGACUAUUUUGGGAAAGGAAGAUGUAAAUACUUCGAUAUAUCAGAAAUAUUUAGCGCAUUUAAAGAAAAAAUAUAAUAAAACUAAAGAUGAGGAAGUUAAUUUGACUUUGGGAAACCCAAAUGCUACGAUAAACACAACAUUAGACGAAUCUUUGAAACGCCCUAAAUGGUUCUGUGAAGGACGACAAAUGGAUGAUAAAGAUUCUAGAAGAGUUUUGCUGGUGAAUGACUCGGCGCUUUUAAAGUGGAUAAAUUCGUCGAUUAAUGGAAGUGAUGGCUGUGCUGUGGUUAUGUUUUAUACGCCUUUUUGUCGUUUUUCUGCGAWUAUUGCACCUCAGUUUAAUGCAUUCGGCAGAGCGUACAAUAAUACUCCAAUACUGGCCAUCGAUGCUUACAAGUAUAGCAGCUUGAAUGCGAGGUUUGGAGUGGUUGCCGUGCCAACUAUUCUCAUAUUUCAUACUGGUAAACCAGUAUUAAAAUUUAACCACUCAAAGACGCUAGAGGAUUUAAGGAAUUUUGUUAAGAAUUAUACAGGUCUAGAAGGGAAUAUGUCAGUAAUAGUCUCUGAUGAAGACUUUGAAGGACCAGUUAGCAGCGUAGCUACCAUAGAGACGGACUUCUAUCUUAUAAUAUCAUCAUYAUUUGUAUUUGGCUUUGGUUUGUACUUGUUCACUCAUUCUUAUUAUGGAACACUGUUAUAUGGGAAAAUAAUGGAGAUUGACUGGACAACAGUUUUUAGAUGGUGUAAGAUAAAAAAUGAAUGAAAUGAAUAUACUGUUAGUAUUAUGUAGCACUAUAAUGUACAUAUAAAAUAUUUGACAUUUCUUUCCUCGUUAUUUGGAAUUUCCAAGG